AUUAAAAUUGAUACAAUAGCCCACGUAACAAGAGCACCGGCGAGCGACCUGGCCACUGACAAGCAGACCACGGAGGAUGGUUACAACAAAAUAUUAUGGUCCAGUUUUUUGGCUAAUUCUCCCAGAAUCUUGAGAAUUGACACUUCACUCAGCUUUUUUCAGAAUCUUGUACCCAUAUAUAUUUUUUACAAUCCUAACUGUUUACAUCCUAACUAGCUAGGAUUGUAAAAAAAAUGCAUAUUCAAGAUUCUGGGAGAAGCUGGGUGAAUGAUUGAUUCUUAAGAUUCCAAAAGAAUUGGCCAAAAAAACUGGGCCUACAUGUCCACGUGACUUUAACACUGAACCUGCUGUUGGACGCUUUCUCUACACAUGCUAGGGGUCACUCCUCGUGCUUUGGCGAUGACGGUACCUCUGCAACGUUCAACAGAUGAAACAAAACGAUCUCUGCUUUGUUUCCCUCUUGCAGAACUGUCGCAAGCACAUUGCUUCCAUGCGCGCUCGUACGGUUCCUUCGACCUCACGCAGCUGCGAUGACAAACCAAUAAACGCAAUGGUCAAUUCAUUCAUGCGUGACCUACUCAACUCCAUCGUUCUGUUAGAGUUCAGCAUAAGGCAUUUCAAUGGUCAGAUAUGGCUUCACGUAAUGAGCUAACUCCAAAAAGGGGACGUUCAUCUUUUCUCUUCAACUGCUGAGAGAAGUCCACAGAAGAGAGCUGCUGGUCUCACUGGGUUGGCGCGCGCGUAGCAGCUUCGAAGAGGCUCUUCGCAGCCUGUACAACUUGCAGCAACUAUAUAAGGCAGCACCAUCGGAUCCUGAUCUAUCACCUUCAACAAGCUCGUCUACAAUCCAGCAAACUAGCUAAAACCCACUUCCCCAAAAUGGCGUCCCAGCUUGUCGAGAGCCACCGCGCUGGUGCCGAGGUCCACAAGGGGAACGAUAUCUGCAAGAAGAAGACGGUCGAGCUUCUCGAAGAGCUCGGCCUCCCGAAAGGCCUCUUUCCUAUGGAUGACAUCGAGGAGGUCGGGCACAACUGUGAGAGUGGGUUCGUGUGGAUACUUCAGAAGAAGGAGAAAGAGCACACGUUCAACAAGCUCAACCAGACCGUCUCCUACGACACUGAGGUGACCGCUUUUGUGGAAAAGGGUAAGAUGAAGAAGGUCACCGGGGUCAAGAUCGAGGACCUGUCUUUGGUCGAGGUCUAUGUGGAUGAGUCUUCUGCUGAUAAGGUUACCAUCAAGACCGACACCGGUCUGUCUGACACCCAUGAUGCGGCCGUGUUCGCUCUCGGAGAAUAGGGAGCUACUAGUUAAAAAGGCCAGAAGAAUAAAGUUAGUGAAUGGUUCGGCACUGCAGUUCACAUGUUAUGCAGAAGUAUAUGUUUCCGUUUUCUUUGUAAUCUAAUAAAGGUUGUUGCAUGAGUAUUGCUUCCUUUCAGCCCAUGUUAUGCAGAAAUGUAUGUUUCUGUUUUCGUUGUAAUGUAAUAAAGGAUGUUGCAUGAAUGUUGCUUCCUUUCAGCCUGUAAGCAUACGCCAAAUGUAAUGAAUAAUACUUAUACCGC